AUGGUAUAUUGAUUUUCCUUUGAAUUGUAUCCUCAUUUUUUAGACUAAUUCUAUUCGUGGCAAAGCAAAAGGUGUGAUCAUAAACAAUCCGUCGGCCGAUUUUUUAACUUACAAGGUAUGUUAAUAUUAAUAUAUUAUUAUUCCAAUCUGACUCUCAAUGUUUCUUUAUUUUUGCAGGGUCAAGCGGCAGACCACAAACCGAAGCGUAUCGAACUUGAAGCUGGCAAAACUUAUUCUUGGUGCUCGUGCGGACUCAGCGUCAGUCAGGUUUUCUUUUUUUUUUCUUGCCGAAAAUGCACGAAUUUUAUCAUUUUCAAGAACUUUCUAUUUUUUUUUCGCAAUAUGCGGAUGGUUUUAUAAAUGGUGAGAUAAAUUCUUAUUAAUUUUUAUUUCGAUAAUUGAACAAUAUGUUAUAUUGUCUUGAGUUUCUUCAUUUUACACCAAAAUGCAAACCAAUACAUUUUUAAUGUCAAGAAAAUUUUUUCUUUUUUUGUGGCUUAAAAUUAAUGAUAAGCCCCUAGUUUCUUCACAGAAAAACAAAUUUUCAAUUCAAAAGAAUCUCAAAAUAAAAAAAUAGUCAUGCAAUAAAUAUUUUAUCAUUCCUUUUUUUCACUCCAUAUUCAGUUUGAAACGUAAAACUAGUUUCAUUGAAAGAUUAGGUGAUUUUCGCCACCGUGUACACGAAUAACAAUUGAGAAAAAAAAUUGGAAGAAAUUUCGACAUUUUUUUCUCAUUUCUCGAGAACUUGAAUAUUUUCAGCCUUUUUGUGAUGGAACCCACAAAGUUCCUGGCCUGUCCACAGCGAGACCGAUUCGAUUUCAGGUGCGUAUUUCAGUUUAAGUCUCGUGAGAAAGUAUUACAAGUAAUUGAAUAAGCUUCGUUUAAGGUGGAGAAAACCGGCACGUACAAUGUUUGCAACUGCAAGCAGACGUCUACGCGACCCCUUUGCGAUGGAGCGCACAAAGAUGUAUAUUUAAUUUUUUUUUUUUAGUUCACCAGGUAGCCGUUGACUGAAAGCGCAUAGGCAAAGUCUUAUGUUUUAAAAAGAAAAAAUUAAAGUUUUAAAAACUCGUUCAAAAAACCCUUCCAGUGCUUAUAUAUGUCUUUCUAUCGAAUGGGUCUUUCUUAAUGUGGAAAAAAUGUGAAAUUUGUAAGUUUCAAAUUUAUAGUGCUUUGUUCCGUAAAAAACUAGAUUCAGUAAAGUUUCUAGAUCCUGAGCACACAGGCCCCAAAUCAGAAGGCGUCUUGAGUCAGGAUGCAGGAGACAGGGAUUUUUUUGAUUUUGAGACGAGAUCGAGACAAAAAAUGUAUCUCGAGACAAGACCAUUUUUUUCGAAAAAUCUCGAGACGAAUCUAAAAAAAUCUUUUUGUCAAAAAAACUUGAAAUGACCAAAAAAAGCAAAAAAAUUGUAGAGAAACUUACUUUUUAUUAAGACUUAAUAAGAAUUGAUGUUUUAAAAAUGGGCUCCAAAAUGGCAAUAUUGUCAUGAUGUUAAAAAUUUUAUUGAAAAAAAUCAAGUUUUAUGACUCAUUCUUUCCUUUUUAGGAAGAGAAUUUUUUUCAAAGAGGGUCGAUUAUUAAAUUUUUAUAUUUGAAGAUUUAUUCAAAGAUAAAAAAAUUUUAUUUAUGCAUCUGGAGACGAGAGGAGAUUGUCGAUUUUUUUGACCGAGACGCGAUCUCGUCUUGAGAUGUAUCGAAAAAUCUCGAGACGAGAUCGCGUCUCGUGCAUCCUUGGUCUGAGUAGAAUGAUUUUCUCUGAUGAAAGCAACUUUUUAAAGAUCUAGACUUUUUCAAUAAUUGCGAAAACAAAACUCGCUUUCUGGCUAUGAUAAACGGAAGAAAAAUCAUAAGAAUCGGUUCGAGCGCUGCCUCAUUGACAAUAUAUUGCUAGUUAUUGAUUGAGUAAACAAUCCACCUAGUUAUAGGCGAUCAAAUUUUUUUAAAUCAAAAACUAUAACCCAAUCUGUAGCUCCCAACAAAUAUUUCCCCUCAUGCUUUGAGGGGCAUAUAAUUUAUGUUUAACAAAACAAUGCCGAUAUUACUGCUUUUCUCUGGGGAUGGUUUUUUUUUCUCGUCAUUCAUUAAAGUUCUGAAGAUUCGAGUUUGAAGGUUUCGCGGGAACCGCAUCACACGGCGGCGACGCGAUUUGUCGCCUUCGAUGAAUCACCGGUCUACGAUGGCGUCGCUCGCAAACUCGGAUACAAAACGAAGAAUGGCGGAUUUCAAUAA